UUUUCCGUCGCCGUACUUUGAACCGUUCCAGUCAUGCCUCCUGACGCCAAAUACACCCGCCAAUACUGCAUAUGCAGGAACUUCGCCACGGACGGCGUCUGCAACCGUGGAGCAUGCCAAUAUAGCCAUACACUCCUUGACACCGCGCGCAUUGCUGCGCUCGUGGGCGAACUCCCGCCCAGUUCGGCGGACGAGAAAGUGCACUUCCUGGUCGAAUACACCAAGUACUCGACCAUCCUGGACGGCGCAGAUCCGGACGAGCACAAAUGGAGGAUGCGGCUGCUCGCAGGCGGGCGGGCAACGCUUUGCGAGGCAGGACUCGGCACAGACGGGCUCGGAGGCAGCGUGAGUGUGCAGCCGGUGUACCCAGUGAAGGGCCAGGGACGCGAGGCGGGAGUCGCGAUCGACGCCCUGGAGCGACGGGUCUUUGGCCGGAGCUACCCCCCCGACCCCGCGCGCCGCACACUCUGCAAGCUGCACGUCGCCGGCACAUGCCGUCUCGGCCGCGGAUGUCGGUACAGCCACACACUCUUCGACAUGCAUCGCAUCGACGCGCUCCUGGACGAGGCCGUCGGCGAGCGUGGGUAUCGCGAUUACCGCCCGCUCGUCGAGGCCGAGUACGUGCGCGCGACGGGCACAAACGGCGACGCCGGCGCUAUGCUUUGGCGCGUGACGCUCCGUUGCAUCGUUGGCGGGUACCAGCAGAAGGCUUCGCCACAGCCGGUCGUCGUGACGGCCCAGGACUUGAACACCGCGUUUCGGCUACUCGAGGGCCAGUUCGCCGCGAGCGCGGGCAAGCCGCAGCCCGCGACGUCCGGUGCGCAGGCGUACUCCAGCCAUCACAGAAGCUCGACUGCUCCGCCUCGUCCUGCGAGGGGUCACGCCCGCCAGCGCUCUGCGCCGAACGCCACAAACCGACCGACCCCCCAGCAAGCAUCUUCGGCACCGCCAGAAGCUCAACCGUCGUUCUCUGGAUCGCCCAACGUCCACGAUCCGCCGCCAUCGUACAACGACGCCAUGCGAGGCAACUAUACCCCGUCUCAUAACGCCAAGCGCGCGCUUUAAGCAGUCUCCGCUCAUUCAUGACUCUCAACAACCCUCUCUCUUUCCAUACUGUAACAAUAGGAUUCCCCGCAACCAUUUACACAAAUGAC